AUUUCAUGCUGGUGUGUUGAUCAAGGGAAGAAAGGUAUGCGGUCCGAAGCGUCUCUGGUCGGCAGUCCGCGUCCGAUCCACCGCCGCCACUCACUCUGUUGGUUCUGUCUGUCACAUGGAGGAUAACGAAUAUGACCGGCUCACGUCGUAAUCUGUGAGGAAAGGGCACAGAAACCCGGCACAGAAACCAGGCCCUCUGCAGACGUUUAGCAGCCUGAUAUUUCAUUUGCAGUAGCGUCAGGACUGUGCCAUAUUUUGGAUGGAGUCAGCACCCAAGUUUUCAUUUCCUUGUGUAGUCGGGGCACUCGAUGCUCGAGAUUCAAGCCAUCCUGUACAUCAGCGAGUAAAGAAUGGUCAAGUAUUUCAGUAAUAACAUAGACAUCAGGAGUACUUGGGACCAUGUUGUCUCUGCUUUUUGGCAGAGGUAUCCAAAUCCAUACAGCACCCAUGUUCUCACAGAGGAUGUUGUGUACCGGGAGGUGACUGCAGACCACCGGCUUCUCUCCAGGCGCCUCCUAAUGAAGACCAAUCGGCUGCCUCGCUGGGCCGAGUAUCUCUUCCCUGGCGGCAUGUCUCGCUCUGUGUACAUCAUCGAGGACUCCAUCGUGGACCCCGUCAACAGGAGUCUGACCACUUACACCUGGAACCUCAACCACACAACUCUCAUGUCAGUUGAAGAACGUUGUAUUUUCCGAGACUCAGUGGAGCAGCCAGCCACCACUCAGCUGAAACGGGAGGCGUGGAUAUCCUCAAAUGUUUAUGGCUUCUCCAGACCUAUUCAGGAGUUUGGAUUGGCUCGAUUCAAGAGCAAUCAGGUGAAGGCCAUGAAAGGGCUGGAAUACGCACUGUCCAACUUACAGGGAGAGACGCCCCAGCGGCUGCUCAGGGACUCGGUGAAGGGCGCGUCAGAGAAGGCCAAGGAGACGGCGAAGAGCCUGGCUUCAGCUGCUGCCGUCCCACAGAAACCCCGACAGUACGUCUGACAGGUCAGGUGGAGCCCUGUACAGGUGACAUGAACUCAACACAAUGCCUUUUUAACCACCGCGAUCAUCUUGACUGGACUGAAGUUUUCGGGGAUCCCGCCGAUCGCUGUUCGUUCUCCGUGUUUUUUCUUUCGUAUGAGGCAGCCUCUCCUCUCCGGAUGGAUUUUUGUCCUUUUCUUUUUCUAUUCUCAGUUUUCUGUCCUCGUUGAAUCUCAGGUCCUGAGCCUGUGUCUGAAACAUAUGGCCUUUGUGGAAAAGUUCAGAUUGUGACCAGCAGCACUUUUUAAUGCUGUUACUACGUCAGAUAUAAAUGCACAUUUUCAUAUUUUGCCAAAUAUGUUAUUUAUUUAUUUAGCAUGUUAAUAUAUCUAUCAAAGCAUAUGUUCAUGCACAAUGACAACGCUCUUAAACAGUGAUAUAUUAUUAUUAUUAUUAUUAUUAUCAUUGGUCCAGCCUAAAUUCCUCAUUAGACCAAAUCAUAAUACUGUGAAGUUGGAAUUGAUCUCGAAGAAGGAAGGACAAGGAUUAUGAAUUGAGGUUUGCACUCACGGGAUAUAUAAACAGUAUAAUUAUACUUUUUGAUACCCUCAUGAUUUCUUCAUUGUUUGACAUUUUUCCCACUUUCAAACACAUCCUCAUACAGUGCGUCGGCCCACAAAGCAUUCUGUAAUAUUGCGCACAUUAAAUCUUUGAAAAAAUGCUACUGUUUAGUCACCGCAAGUACAGAGAAGCUUUGAUAAUCAAGUGACUUCUGGGAAAAAAGUCAGUUUGAGUAAAGUUUUCAUAUCUGUGCUCAGAUUUACUUUAGAUUGACUGUAACUGAGGUGCGUUAGAGAAAAUAUUGAAUGAUAGAUUUUAUUUAAAAUAGAUUAUUUCAGCCGGCCUGUUGAUUUUAAAGUUUAAGUAGCGAUAAAGAUGCUAUAUUAUUGUAAAGAUUUCCGUGAUUGCAUUCCUUUUUAGAUGGAAUUGUCUGUUUUAAGAAGACUUGAGUUGUGGUAUGAAAAUUGACAGAUUUAUUGAAUUAUUCUUGAAAAACUAUUUAAUAUAAAGCAUUUGUGAUAUGAUUAAUGUAUGUAGACAUAUUUUUACAAGGUAGUAAGAUACGUAAGAACAGGAUCCAUUGGACUUUGGAAUUUGUUUUUUUGUUAAAAAACAUUUUUGACCAACCCAUUAAAGUUAAAGUCCAGUGUUUGUUGUUUUGUGUUUGCUCAUUGUCAAACUAAGCUUCAAUAAAAUGUCAAAAGUUA